AUGGUCACCCACUCGUUGCCCUGCCCUGUUGAUCUAUCUCACCACCUAUCAGAAGUGACUAAGUCGAGAAAACCCUCUGAUAUCAAGGCAUUCUACAAGUACUUUCUCAUCCCCGGUAUUGGCCAGCUCGCAGGAGGACUACCAAGCCCCGACUAUUUUCCGUUCGAUACGCUUGAGGCGAGGACUGCACCACAGAACAGAUGGACACCAUCACACCGUGACCCAAUCACCGUAGGCGACCCUUCUGCGAACAUCGCAACGCAGCUUCAAAAGGCCUGCAUAACGAGACCUUCGAACUCGCGUCUUGUUGUCCCAAAAGACUCCGGCGCUCCAAGUCCUACAAGUAGAAUAGAUGUCACGACGGCGCUUCAAUAUGGACAGGCUACGGGCCUUGCACCCCUCGCUGCGUGGAUAAAGCAGUUCGCGACUGAACACAUGCAUCCAAGCGUGCCAUACAAGGGCGGUCCAGACAUUGUUCUCUCGUGCGGUAAUACGGAUGGUUACUCAAAGACCAUAGAAGCCUUCAACAACACAUGGGUCCCAGACCGGGAUCCUGUGUCGGCCAGGGAAGGCAUCUUAGUGGAGAAGUAUGUGUACAUGACUUCUAUACAGGCUGUCCUGCCAAGAGGAAUGAAUGUUAUUACCGUGGAGCUCGACGAACAGGGUAUGAAAUCAGAUGGUCCUGGUGGACUGGAAGAUAUAUUAGAGAAUUGGGAUUAUUCAAGAGGCAGACGACCCCAUCUUUUGUAUACAAUUACGAUUGGACAAAAUCCAACGGGUGGGGUCCAGAGUGUAGAGCGUAAAAGCGCAAUUUACGAGCUUUGCGUCAAGUACGACAUCAUCCUCAUUGAAGACGAUCCGUACUGGUUUCUUCAGUUUCCAACAGCGAGCAAAAAGGACGCUUUCCACGACACGAAUGCAAAAUCUUCUGGUUUCGACUUCUUAGACUCGCUGGUACCUUCGUAUUUGUCCCUUGAUUAUGAAGGCAGAGUCGUACGACUGGAUACGUUCAGCAAGACUGUUGCUCCUGGGUGCAGACUAGGCUGGAUAACGGCUCAGCCCAGGGUGAUAGAGCGCAUAACAAGAAUUACGGAAACUACCACUGCACAGCCGUCUGGUUUUGUACAGGCUAUGAUUGCAGAGAUGGUCAUGGGUCCAUACAAAUCGGGUGAUGGUAGUGGCGGUAACAAAGACGGGAGUGGAUGGGAGAUGACAGGGUGGGUCCGCUGGCUCGAAGGGCUUCGUGGUAACUACGAACGUCGCAUGAAUAUACUCUGUGACCGUCUCGAGGCAGGGAAGACAAUUGUUAAAGCUGGACGGCGCGGGUCUUUGGUGAGUACUGAGUGGUCUGUUGUCGAGACGACAAAGAUCUAUCAUUUCACGAGGCCAAUGGGUGGCAUGUUCGCAUGGGUCAAAUUCAACUUCAAGUCACACCCGCUUGCCAGAACGGUAGACCACAAACGUUUAGCGCGUGCACUUUGGAUCUUUUGGACUACGAAGCCUUACUUGGUACUGGUCGGGCCAGGUACGAUAUUUGGACCGACACCGGAGGUCCAGGAUCAGGAUGCUUGGAAAUACUUCCGAAUGUCUUAUUCUGCUGUCGGUGAAAAUGAACUCAAACCAAUCGGGGAUAGGUUCGUGGCUGGAGCGCACGCGUUUUGGAGCAUCAAGAGAGAGGAGAAGAUCGAUGAUCUUCUAGGGUACGAUGAAGAUCCUGGCAAGGAAUUCGCUGCAAGUCUGGGUGACCCAGCCGUAGCGAAGCUGACCGGCUAUUGCUGA